AUUUCCCUAUUUUCAUCACUCCACUUGCCCUUAGUGACUUUGUACACUAAAAAGAUUUCCAUUUCUUGAUUUUCCAGCCAUGCCGAUCGACCAAAUUGCUAUGGGAAGCCAUGAGGAAUUCCGCAGUCCAGGGGCGCUGAAAGCAGCCCUGGCGGAGUUCAUCAGUACCCUCAUCUUCGUUUUCGCAGGUCAGGGUUCUGGCAUGGCUUACAACAAGCUAACCGCUGACGGGGCUGCCAGCCCUGCCGGCCUUAUCUCAGCCUCGAUAGCGCAUGCUUUCGGGCUUUUCGUGGCUGUUUCCGUUGGUGCUAACAUCUCCGGUGGCCAUGUUAACCCUGCCGUUACCUUCGGUGCUUUUGUUGGUGGAAACAUCACUAUGUUCCGUGGGAUUCUGUACAUCGUUGCACAGUUGCUUGGUUCCACUGCUGCCUGUGGCCUUCUUGAAUUCGCCACUGGUGGCUUGAGCACUGGGUCAUUUGCAUUGGGUGCUGAUGUAUCAGUAUGGAACGCCCUUGUGUUCGAGAUAGUGAUGACAUUUGGACUUGUUUACACUGUGUAUGCAACUGCUGUUGACCCAAAGAAGGGAGAAUUGGGAACAAUUGCACCAAUUGCCAUUGGUUUCAUUGUUGGUGCCAACAUUCUAGCUGGUGGGUGCUUUACUGGAGCUUCAAUGAACCCUGCUGUUUCAUUUGGACCAUCUUUGGUUAGCUGGACUUGGACUCACCAAUGGGUUUACUGGGCCGGACCCCUUAUUGGUGGUGGGCUUGCUGGAGUUAUCUAUGAAUUUGUCUUCAUCAACCGCUCUCAUGAACAACUCGCCAGUGGAGAUUUUUAAGGAUGUGAAGUUUCAAUGUGUUGCUUAGUUUUCUCAUGUAAACUUCUUGCUUGUUGUGCCCUUGUUUAAUGGGUACUGUUGAAUUGUCAUUUGUGUAUUCGGACGGCUUUUGUUAUUUCCCUUAUUUCUUGUCUCUAUUUUGCUGGUGGUAAAUAAGGUAUGUUAGAUUUUCAAAA